GUACGGCGUCUAAACAAAACUAAGCAAAACAAAAGAGCGAUUAAAAAAAAAUGCAGGAGGCUGGCGGAAGUCCUGUUGGAACGCCACUUAGCCAGGAGGCCAUCGCGCAGCGCCUGGCAGCGCUUAGUCGAUGGCAGGACGAGCAGAAGCGACUCCUGCAAGAGCGGCAAUCCAAUCAGCGAGUCUUGCUCGGUUUGGAGCAGCGCAAUAUGUACAAAAUGCUGGGACUGUUACACCAGAAGGCGGAAAGCCGGGAAAACAGUGUGCUGGAGGAGUCACAGUGGGAUGAGGAGCACUCAAUACAAAUGCCGCGACUCGCACCGGAGCCGGACGACCAGGAGCAGGUUGACCAGGAGCAGGAUAUUCCAAUGACUGCUUCUCAGCCGACCAAGCCCAAACGCCCUUUUCUGCGUCGCGGCGAAGGCCUAAAGCAGCGGUUCAAGAUCAAUCCCGACCAGCUGCGCCUGGAAAACCUGCCGCGAUACAAGUUCGCUAAUGCCCACCCACAGUUUCGCACGCCUCAAAUGAAAAAGGGCAUUCUCAAGAAGCGUAAGUCACCUCCCGAUCCUGCACCUGCAUCAGCUCCCAAACUCCCAGACCAACUUGAUCUCAACGAGCAGCGCUUUCAGCAAAUGCUAAUCGCCAAGAACGCCUGCAGCUCCACUCCAGAUUUAAAGUCUUCUACCUCGUCCUCCACUACUGCCUCGAGCAUCUCGCCCAAAGUUCGUUUUGUAGAGCAGAAGAGCAGAGCCGGACAGACCCCUCAUGCCGAUGAUGAGGCCUCCUCGGAGGCCAGCCCCAUGACUGGUGUUUGCUGGGCCAAGGUGUUGGACACACAGAGAAUAAAGCCAGCGCAAAUUCAAAGACGCUCUGCUCACAUCCGAGUGGAAGAUGACAGCAAUGUAAGCAUAUUCGAGCUGCUCGAACAGAAGGCCACUGAGGGAAACAUUGAUAUGAACUCAAGCUGCAUUCGAACUUUUAUGGCUCGCAAAGAUCAGCGACGCCUAAUAGCCGAUGACUCUGAUCACAUUGUAGUCACACAGCAGGUGCGUCAGAUGAGAUUGCAGCCUCAGGUGGACCCGGUUUUGGUACAGGAACUGCAGGACGAGGAUGAGGAGGACAGCGAAGAGUCAACCGACCAGACCCUCACAAUGACACCCAUCCAGGUGGGGAAAACCCAAGUGCGAGUGCGCUUCUCCGACUCCAAUGAUACCAACGAGUACUCCGAUGGAACCAGCCUUAACGAUGGCUCCAAUAUUCAGCUUUUUGAACAGUUCAAGUCGGCUCUCUUCCAGGCUUUGGAACAGAAGAAAAAGUCAAGUCCCAGCCAGCAGUCAGAGGAACCCAUAACCAAAAAUCUUCAGGAGAAAGCCAAUCUCGUUCGCACUCGCCUUGAAGAGCUUGAGACAGAAAUAGCCGCUUUCAAGGAACAGAAUGCCCAACUCCUCCGCCUCAGGCAGCAGCACGAAUUGGAGAAGGCAAAGUGCGUACAGGAUCAUAUGGAGGCAAUGGAACGCGUCCAUGACGAAAAGAUCCAAGCCGAAAUUUAUCUGCACGACGAGCGCAUGAAGAUCGAGGAGGAACGCCGCAAAUUCGAGCAGCAGAUGCGACUACAGAAGAGCAAUGCAAACAGCAAGGAAAAAAAGGAGAUAGCCGCCUUGAAGCAGGAGGUGGAGGCACUGCAGCUUCAACUCAAACAAAAAGAGCAGGCGCACGUCUCGGCACAGGCACGACUCCGCGCUCAACUGCGGGCCAGUGAGAAGGAGCAGCGAAAUUACCGUGACGAGAUCGAGCUGCUGAGCAAGGAAAACAAACGCCUAGAGCACGAGCUGGUCAAGAUUGGCCGUGAAAACAACAGCAAGAUGCUGCAGGAAAUCAACCGAAACAUAGCCCGGCUUGCCCCAAAAGUGUUGCCUUCCGCCACGAUGUCACAAACCCUCGAUGAGAACGGUCGACGCACUCAGUCUCUGGAUGGCACUGCUGGUAAGCCUGCCAAGCAGCGAGAGCCCAACAACCGUCGUCAGAGUAGCGGCACUGCCCAAGUGAGAAGUCGGAGUCGCUCACUGGGCAGGAAUAAGAAGAAGCCAGAGGCUUUGGAUGAGAGCUACGCCUCUAGUAGUUCUGGGGAAUCGGAGGAAGUUCAAACGCCAGUGACCGCUCCCAAAGCUGAUACCCCACCGGCUGCAAACUCCAGCAGUGACUUUAAGAGGGAGAUUAUGAAUGCGGAUGGAAGCAAGGACAUCUGGUACCCGAACGGCAAUCUAAAAAAGAUAAGCGCCGAUGGCAUGAACGUUCGCAUGCUUUAUUUCAAUAAGGAUAUCAAGGAAACUGACAUCAGGGAAGGCACAGUGAAGUAUUACUACGCUGAGACCAACACUUGGCACACCUCUUACCUAGAUGGAUUGGAAAUACUCGAGUUUCCCAAUGGGCAGACUGAACAUCGCCGCCAAGAUGGCACUGUCGAGAUCCACUUUCCCAACAACAGCAUUAAGAUUGUGGAUCCCAGCGAUACAGAGAAACUGGAGGAGUGGCGAUAUGCGGAUGGAACUCACCUAGUGCAGCUUCGGAAUGGAGACAAGAUUCUCAAUCUGCCCAAUGGCCAAAAGGAGAUUCAUACCAAACUAAACAAGCGAAGGGAGUAUCCGGACGGCACUGUUAAGCUGGUGUAUCCGGAUGGCAGCCAAGAGACGCGCUAUUCCAACGGUCGCGUUCGAUUAAAGGACAAGGAUGGGAAGCUCGUAAUGGACACAGACUAUGCAAAGUAUUAGAGUCGGGUCUCUGCUUCCGUUGUUAAGUUAGUUUAGUUAUAGUUUUAAAGAAAUAGAAAAUCUGGGCUGUCUUUAUAAGAUCAAGUCGAUCAAUAUUUUUGUUUGUAGCUGAUAACAGCUCUGUAUGAAAAUUUGCUCUGUAUUAGAGAUUUGGUAACUGGGUAAUAUUUUAAAAUAUCUUAUAGUUUAAGACUUCUUAAGUUAUUUUAAAAUAUUGCAUCAUAUGUUUUUAACAUUAAUUCACAUGCACGACC